UGUCAAACUAAUCAAGCUUUUUUAGACAAACUAUUUAUUUGCAAUUAUUUACUUCUUUUCGUUCUGCUAGGAUCUGACUGAGCUGAUCUUAUAAUUAAAGUAAUUUAUGAAUAAGUAAAUGCGGCAGUUAAAAUGGAUAAUACAAAUUAUAAAACUUGUGCAGUAUCAAUGUGCAAUAACACAACAAUCCGCACGCCUCAAAAACUUUUUAUACCCGUCCCACAUAAACCAAUUAUUAGAAAACAAUGGUUGGAACUUGCCGGAAGACAACCGAAUGAGUUUAAUCGAACAACUUCUGCAUUUUUUUGUGAAGAUCACUUUGAUCUGCCAAAUGACAUGAAAAAUUAUGGAACGUAUUGUGCUACGGGUAGAGUAUCAAGAAUAUUGAUUAGAUCUGGUUGUUUACCUUCAAAGUUUCCUGGGCAACCAAUAUCCAGUACUUCAACUGAUUGUCAAACACUUAGUACAGAUUGGAAUGAACUAGACAUAAAAAGUGAAUAUGAAGAAGAAAUAAUGUCAAAUAUUAGUAGCAAAGCAACUGGACCUUCAACUGAAAAGAAUAGUUGCCAAGCUCCAGUAGCUAGUGGCUUAACUAGUUUUCAAACACAUACUACAGAGUGGAGCAGCAUAAAGAUAAAAAGUGAAUUUGAAGAAGAAACGUCAGGUGAAUUAAAAUCAAAUGAAAAUUUGAAUAGUAAAGUUCCAACUGCAGAAAAAGGUUGCCAACUAACAAUAGAUAGUAAUUCGACUGAUUUCUGUCAACCAUUAGCUGAAAAAGGGGGUAAUCUUGAGAUAAAAAUGGAAUGUGAAGAAGUAAUAUCAAGUGAAAAGAUAAGUAUUAAACAAACACAGGAUUGCCAAUCAGUAUCCAGCAAAUUGAUUGGUGUUUGUCAACCAAUUGUUUUAAAUGUAAAUAGACCAUCAGUAAAAUGUGAAUUUGAAGAAAAGAAGGUAGAAUCGGUAUUUAUUUUGAGUGACCAUCUAAAUACACUUUUAAGUGAAUAUGAAGAUAAAUGUAAUGAAAGAACAGAAAUUACAAAAUGCGAUAAAGCAAUCCAGGUAAACAUUACACAUAAAUUUCGAAGUAAAAGUACGCAGACGAAUAUCAAAACCCGUUCAUCUCAAACCUCUCCAAUAAAAUUUUCUAAGAAACCUGUCUCUACUUCGUCAAUCAAUGUCAAAGAUUUGAAGCCAACUGUUUCACAUACGAAUAGAAAACGUAAACCGACGAUUUUACGUUCAAGUGGUAAAAGGAAAUUAUAAUGUUUCAUGUAAUCUCUUAUAAAGAUGGAGUGUAUCUUGGUUUGGAUAAAUAAGUUGUAGGCUUUGCAGUUGAUUGAUAUAUUGAUGCAGAUAAUUACAAGUUAUUUGUUGCUUUGUGGCGGCUUGCAAUGGUUGGACGCGAAGGGUGGAGGGGCGGCAGAGGUCUGAAACGGUCUCCUCCGAGCUUCUUCCCCGCUGGUGUUGCAGUAGGUCGCUAUACUGCCAGGGUUAAGCAGGAGAUCUGGAUCUGAAGCUGGUUGAUGGUGGACACUCUGCGAAGACUUCCUCUUUGUGGCAUGCUCCUCCUGCAUGACACCAAGGUGUCUUGUCUGCCCCAUUUCUGUAUUCUUUGAAGAUAUUUAUUAAAUGUAUCAGUGGCAUGGAUGUACUACUAGAACAGGAUAUAGCUCUUGUCAAUAACAGUACCAACUGUACUACUGUGCUCUUGUCAAUACUGUAGAACUUGGGUUGUGGAGGCUUGCGGAAGCGAGUAUUAUUCUGAUCGUGGUUUGUCUUAAUAGGUAAUAGUUUAAAAACAUAAUUUGUUAGCGAAGACUUACUGUGACUAUGCAUGACUAUCCAAUCCUGGAAAUCCUUAAAACGAUUGUGAGAAUCAUCAAUCAAAUUUUACUCGAUUAUCGAUUUCGACACCUCUUUCCUCUUAAACGAUACUCUAGCGAUUUGCAUUUAAAGAAUCAUUUUGAAAAGUCAAAAAAAGAAGGUGAGGGGGUCAACGGAGGUGUCCAUCUCCAUGUCGUGACCCACAAGUACCACUCAAAAGCGGGAAAUAUAGAGUGAUGCGUAGAACAAGCUUAUCAUUAGCACCUUAGAUUAAAAUCCAUCUGAAGCAAUGAUCUGCUGAGGUCAGGUCACGAAUAUUUUUUUAUAAUUAUGAUCACGAUGGCCAGAGAGGGUAAUAUGAUUCAGUUAUUGAGGUCUCGCACGCCUUCAAUUUUUCGACAAGAGCUUAUCCUGUUCUAGUAGUACAUUCAUGCCUCCAUGGUCUGUGGUCAUAGAUAAGAUAAACCUUUUUGCUCAGUAUGUGAUUUUUAAGUUCAAUAGAACUUUACUUUAAGAUUUACUAUAAAUUAAAUGAUUCCUGAAGUAAACCA